GUCUUCAUUUCCUCUCAGCUUGACGUUCCCUUCUCAGAGAGAACAGCAAGCUUUACAUCAAAAGAAAAGAAAAAAAAAAAGAGUCUAUUUCCUCUUUCCGUUCUUUCCUCUCAAUUUGAUUUAAUUUCUGAAAGGAAACACAUUAUUUUGAUUAUAAAUAUGCAGGCGGUUUCUCCUACACAAAAUCUUAACUCUUCUAUAAUUCGGCCGUCGAAGCCUCGGCUCAACCAGCUGACUCGGUUCGCCGUUCGCUGCGUCUACCGGUCUGAUUCGGUCCAAUUCCCCAAUGGAGUCGGUUCAAGCCGUGCCGAUUGGCAAAGCUCCUGUGCUAUCCUUUCUAGCAAAGUCUUUUCUCAGGACCAAGGUUCCGGUGACAAAUCCACUCCUCCCUCCGCUUCGGACCACCUCGCCCCCGCUGUUAACGGCCACAAGACCACCAUCGAUCUCAACCUAGUCCCAAUCGACAAAAACAACAAGCCUCAACCACCUUCUCAACCGCCUCCACAAAAACCGCUAACCAUCACCGACUUGUCCCCGGCUCCGAUGCAUGGCUCUCAGCUGCGCGUAGCCUACCAGGGAGUACCUGGCGCGUACUCCGAAGCUGCUGCGGGAAAGGCUUAUCCUAACUGUGAAGCCAUCCCUUGUGACCAGUUCGAAGUGGCGUUUCAAGCAGUUGAGCUUUGGAUCGCCGACCGAGCCGUGUUACCAGUGGAAAACUCACUCGGCGGCUCGAUUCAUCGGAACUACGAUCUACUCCUCCGGCACCGCCUCCACAUCGUCGGCGAAGUCCAACUCCCAGUCCACCACUGCCUGUUAGCUCUCCCAGGAGUCCGUAAAGAGUACCUUACGCGUGUCAUUUCUCAUCCACAAGCUCUAUCCCAGUGCGAACACACACUCACCAAACUCGGUCUCAACGUCACGCGCGAAGCUGUUGACGACACAGCCGGAGCGGCGGAGUACAUCGCAACCAACAACCUUCGCGACACCGCCGCCAUAGCAAGCGCACGCGCCGCCGAACUCUACGGACUCCAAAUCCUUGCCGAUGGAAUCCAAGACGAUUCGAGCAACGUCACGCGCUUCGUCAUGCUAGCUCGGGAGCCAAUCAUCCCGCGUACGGAUCGGCCAUUUAAAACGAGCAUCGUUUUUGCGCACGACAAAGGGACGAGCGUGCUUUUCAAAGUGCUGUCUGCGUUUGCGUUUAGGAACAUCAGCCUAACAAAAAUCGAGUCGCGGCCGCACCGCAACAGGCCGAUCCGGUUGGUCGACGACGCCAAUGUGGGAACUGCCAAGCAUUUUGAGUAUAUGUUUUACGUGGAUUUCGAAGCGUCGAUGGCGGAGGUCAGGGCCCAAAACGCGUUGGCUGAGGUUCAGGAGUUCACGUCGUUCUUGAGGGUGUUGGGAAGUUACCCUAUGGAUAUGACGCCUUGGUGCCCCUCUAGGGAAGAUUAGCAAAUCCCAUGGAAAUAAACAAAAAAGUAAAAAAAAAAAAUCAUUUGCACAAAAAAGAGAUUGGGGAAAUUAAUUUUAAUUUUACUUUUUAA